AUGUCAAAGUCCUCCGACCAUGUGAAGCGCCCAAUGAACGCCUUUAUGGUCUGGUCUCGGGCCCAGCGGCGUCAGAUGGCACAGGAGAAUCCCAAAAUGCACAAUUCGGAGAUCAGUAAGCGCCUUGGAGCUGAGUGGAAGGUGCUGACUGAUUUAGAAAAGCGUCCGUUUAUUGAUGAGGCCAAGCGGCUACGUGCCUUGCACAUGAAGGAACAUCCAGAUUACAAAUAUCGACCCAGACGCAAGCCCAAAACGCUUGCCAAAAAGGAGAAGUUUGCUUUGGCACUGCCCUAUGGCGUAGAACCGGACUCCCUCAAAUCUGGUGUUGCUGACCCUCUGGUACGUGCCUCGGACCGAGCAAGAAUCCUAUUUGCACCAUCUAUUUGCUCCAACCCGUACUCAUUUUUGGAUUUUGGAUCUAAGGUGGCUGAAUUGUCUCCUCCACCACCUCCUCCUCUUCCUCCACCCAUUCCACCAUUCUCGUACACACCAUCACUGGGCUUCCCACAUUUGCCUGGGGUCCAUACAUACUCAAGUGCACACAAUUCAGCAUUUUUAAUGUCGUGUAGCUGCAGUGGGUGGCCUCCGUCACCAACGUCAGCGUCAACUAAUUCUUCACCAAUGGCUUCUUCAUCAUCGUUUCCAACACCACUAGCAUACAUUCUGCUGCCCGGCGUUGGCAAGACACCUAUUGAGCCAUAUCAUGCCUACACAGCGGCACUAUGA